CUCGUAGGGAAGGAAGAAAGAAAGCAAGAGGAACAAGUCUUCUGUCGUAAUUCCGUUGCACGCGGCUAACAUACCUAUUUCCCAGCUUUUGCAAAGCUUGCUCUCGCGCAGCUGUUGGCACAGAGCUGACGGUGCAGCUUCGGACAAAUUGUUACCGAAGAAUCCGUCCACUCACGAUAGCCUCAUGACCAAUAUCCUAGGCUUGUCGGUCCAUGUCUCCGAUUAGUGUCUUGUUCUCGUUGGAGAUUCAAAUGUCUCUCACAGAGUUUUGCGAUGCUUUAGCCUUCUCUCUCAUUCCAGCAACAAUUUUGUAGAUAAUAUCUUCCUCUAGGCCGUGUUCCGUCCUAGUACAACUUCGUCUGGCUAAAGAUUGACCCUUCUGGAAGACAUUGCUGCUGAAGUUUCACGGUCUCCAAAAAUGAAAUUUCGCGAUGGCAUGUGGCUGGUGAGCGAGGAUAAAACUGUCCAGUACGCCGAAGAUAUCUAUACCAUUACACCACGUCACGACGAAAAGGCUCUCACCCUUCUCUGCCCAACUCGACAAAUUCACUCACGUGGAGACACCUUGAAUCUGAGUACCCUUUCAAUUGAGAUUGAAGCACAAUUCGACGGCGUGCUUUCGCUCGAGGUAACACAUUUUGCUGGAGCACGGCGACGAGGUCCUAACUUUGAUAUUUACCCUGAGGGACAACCGAAAAGUUUUCCUUUUAUAAGGAAGAGCGAGAAAGGCACGACUAUUUCUUCGGGAAGCCUUUCUGCCACAGUUCAUCCAGAUCAGCAUACUUUCGAUAUUCGCUUCCAUGCUACCAAUGGAUCGAAAAACCUCACUUCCCUGCUUAGCAGGAGUGUCGGCCUGGCGUAUAGCCCUGCGCUUACAAGCCCGAAGCAAGUAGAAGAUAUAAGCGACAGGCGGCACUACAUUUUCACUCAAACGGAGCUUAGCGUUGGAGAAACCAUCCACGGCCUGGGAGAGCGAUUCGGUGCGUGGAACCGCGUUGGGCAGAAUAUUGAAGUCUGGAAUGAAGAUGGAGGGACGUCUAGUGAUCAGGCUUACAAGAACAUUUCAUUUUGGCUGAGCUCCCGUGGGUACGGAGUCUUCAUUGACGCGCCGGAGAAAAUUGACCUCGAGAUUGGUAGCGAGAGGUGCUGCAGGCUACAGACGGCGGUGGAGUCGCAACGCUUGAAAUGGUUCAUAAUUUACGGCGCUAACCCCAAAGAGGUUCUGACGAAAUACUCCAUCCUGACUGGAAAACCUGGAAAAGUUCCCGCUUGGUCCUACGGGCUUUGGCUCUCAACAUCUUUUACAACCUCGUACGAUGAAAAGACUGUUACGCAUUUUGUUGAAACGAUGAAAUCGUCACAUAUACCCGUGGAAGUCUUCCACUUUGAUUGUUUCUGGCUUCGUGCUUUUCAUUGGACCGAUUUCGUCUGGGACCCCGAGUUCUUCCCAGACGCAGCUGGACAAAUCAGACGGAUGAAAGAGGCUGGGCUUGUAAACAAAGUCAGUGUUUGGACGAACCCAUAUAUUGGACAGGCGUCCCCGAUCUUCAAGUUUGCUGCCGAAAAAGGCUAUCUCCUAAAGCGAACCAAUGGAGACAUAUGGCAAUGGGACUUGUGGCAGACAGGUAUGGGUAUUGUGGAUUUCACGAACCCUAAAGCUGCUCAAUGGUUUUCCGAGUGCUUAGGGAGACUCUACGAUAUAGGCGUAGAUUGCAUCAAGACAGAUUUUGGAGAGCGGAUCCCGACAAAAAAUGUACGAUGGUAUGACGAGUCCGUGGAUCCAGCUCGCAUGCACAACUUUUACGCAUUCAUAUACAACAAGUUGGUCUACGAAACACUCCAAAAAAGGUACGGGAAAGACCAAGCGGUUCUUUUCGCUCGCACGGCUUGCGCAGGAACCCAGAGAUUCCCUUUGCAGUGGGGUGGCGAUUGCGAGUCAACGCCCGCGGCAUUAGCUGAAUCACUCCGAGGCGGGCUCUCGCUUGGUCUUGCGUCGUUUGCCUCCUGGUCUAACGAUAUUGGAGGGUUUGAGGGCAGCCCGCAGCCAUGGAUCUACAAACGCUGGGUUGCUUUCGGUUUGAUGUGCUCACAUUCGAGGCUCCAUGGAUCAAACUCAUAUCGCGUCCCUUGGCUUAUCGACGAUUCCUCUGCUGAGCCAGAGAACUGUACUGAAACUUUGCGACACUGGGUGCGUUUAAAGCGAAAGCUGAUGCCUUACAUUUAUGCACAAGCCGUCGAGAGCUUUGAGAAUGGCUGGCCGAGCAGCAUUCGAGCCGUUGCUUUGGAAUUUCCGGACGACCCCACAGCUUGGUAUCUGGACCGCGAGUUUAUGAUUGGCAGCUCUAUUUUAGCCUCGCCAAUUUUCGAAGAAGAUGGCAAGGGGGAAUACUAUCUCCCCCCGGGGAGAUGGUUUUCGUUCUGGGACGGAAAGGAAGUGGAAGGUGGUAGAUGGCAGUCAGAGAAAUUUGGGUUCUUGGCUUGCCCGAUGUUUGUCAGAGAGGGGACUUUGCUGGUGCUUGGGGAAGAGGAAGGUGAGGGCGGGUUCUCGUACGACUGGUUGAAUAAAGGAGGCGAGGUUCGUUUGUAUGGCGUCAAGGAGGGAGAUAAGGCAAAGCUGGUAGAUCGUGAAGGACUGGACGCUGGGGUAUUGGAAGUGGGCCACGGUGGAGGACUUCAGGGAAUGGAAGCUCUUGGGGGCGAUUGGGUGGUUAAGACAUUCGGGUAG